AUAUGUAUCAUCAAUAGUUAGCGACUCGCUGUCGACGCGAAAUCAUGUUACUAAUGUUAUUACUUGUUAUUUUUGUGAUUUUAAUAUUUCUUUUAGUGACAUGGGCAUACUCAUAUAAUAGACUAACUCUUGGUAUAUGUAAAAGUAGCCGACAUUUAGUAGGAAAAGUGGUUAUUGUGACUGGAGGCAAUGCUGGAAUCGGAUAUGAAACAGCAAAAGAUUUAGCAGAUAGAGGGGCUCGUGUUAUAAUCGCCUGUAGGAACGAGGUUCGAGGUAUAUCCGCCAGAGACAGCAUCAUCAAGGCAACUGGUAACAACGACGUCCAUUACCGGAACCUAGAUUUGGCAUCAUUAAAAUCUGUCAAAAAAUUUGCUGAUGAUUUCUUAAAAACCGAAAAUCGCCUUCACAUACUUAUCAAUAACGCUGGAGUAUUUGCAUCGGAAAAUGUUAAAACGGAAGACGGAUUAUUAUUAGGAACGCAAGUAAAUCAUUUCGGGCCGUUUCUCUUGACAUCUUUGCUAUUACCACUAUUAAAAUCGUCGGCACCAAGUCGUAUUAUUAACGUUUCUUCGAUAGCAUACGCGAAAUGUGAAAUGGAUCUAGAUAAUUUAAAUGCUGAAAAAGAAAACGAGAAGUCAUAUCAAAAGAUAAAUUUGUAUGGAAUGUCAAAACUUUGCAACAUUCUCAUGGCAGUGGAAUUAAGUCAUCGACUUAAAGAUACAGGAGUAACAGCAAAUAGUUUACAUCCAGGUUUAGUAAGGACAGAUAUACUUUACGACAUUAAUGUUUUCGGUUUUCAAUUGAUAUUACCACUGGUAAAACUUUUUACUAAGUCCGCUUGGGAAGGUGCACAAACGUCAAUAUAUCUGGCUGUUUCGCCUGAAGUCGAUGAAAUAUCGGGAAAAUACUUUGUGGAUUGUCGCGUUAAGAAAACUGUAAAGAGAAAUGGAUAUGAUCUGGAGUUAGCACAUAAACUUUGGGAAUUGUCAGAGAAGUAUGUCGGUCUCAAAACAUAUCAUCUGUAACA